UAUAAACAGGACUUCUUAUCCACAUCUAGCACACAUCUACUGCAAUAACCCACAGCCGAGAUCAGCAGCAUGUCACUCCCAAAGAUAACCCUCGUCCCAGCCACACCUCCGACUACCCUUACAUCGCCGAGCUCACAGAAAUCGCGUUCGGCUACGACGAUUUCGGUCUCGUCGCAUUUGGCCCCAAGCGUUCAACUCCAGCUGGACUUGAAAAACGAGUCAAGAUGAUGAAUAGACCGCCUCCGCUUGGUGAGACGAAACACGAAAUGAAGGCAGUGACUCUGUUACAGGACGGCACGGAGAAGAUCGUGGGGUUUGCUUCGUGGAUUAUUUGUGUUGGGAGAGGUGGCAGUGAGGAAGAGAAGGAGAGGCUUGGGACGAAAGAGGGAUGGCUUCAGGGGGAAAAAGAGAAGGAAGGGAUGAAAGAGAAGAGCGAAACGGAGGAAGGAUAUGGAGACCCCAAGAUCCGCAGAGAUGUGUUGGGAGGAAUUGAGGAGAAAUUGGCUAGACUGACUGGAGGGAAAGAUUACGUGAAGUUAGACCCAUUGAUCGUAGAUCCAGGAUACCAACGUCGAGGCAUUGGGGCAAUGUUGUUUGAGGAUGGAUUGAAGGUAGCUGAUAAUGCGGCGUUGCAAGUUGUCUUGGGAGGGUCUGUCCAAGGAGUCAACUUGUACAAAAAAUACGGCUGUGUUGAGAUGGACAGUCUGAAGACCAAUCUCUGGGAUUAUGAGGGCGGAGAGGGUUUAGGGGUGAUCACUCAUGCCAUUCUGCAUCGUCCCGCUAGAAGGUCGGUCUAAAAUAACUCAAAUACCUAACCUAAUUCAUCCUUC